AGGCGACGGGGUAAACAGAUGAUAACAAGCCCUGAGCUCUUCAGCGCUCAUUUGAAUGCUGUGACCGCCGCUGAGGGCCAGAAGAGGGAGAGCAGAGGCAGACGGAGGAGGACUGAAGACAGACAGAGUUUUUUCCAUCAUGGCGGAGAAUGUGGACAUGGAGCAGCUCCUCACAGCUUUCAGGAAGUUCGCUGUCCAUGGAGACACCAAGGCGACGGGGAAGGAGCUAAACGGGAAGAACUGGGCCAAACUGUGCAAAGAUUGCAAGAUCAUCGACGGCAAGAACGUCACCAGCACCGAUGUGGACAUCGUGUUCUCUAAAGUCAAACAGAAGACGUCUCGGGUCAUCACCUACGAGGAGUUUCAGAAAGCUCUGGAAGAGCUGGCUCCAAAGAGGUUCAAAGGUCAAAGUAAAGAGGAGGCACUGCAGUCCAUCUACAAGCUGGUGGAAGGCCGAGAGCCCACCAACGUCGGCGUGACGAAAGUGGCAAAGACGGCGACCGUGGACCGUCUGACCGACACGUCCCGUUACACCGGAUCACACAAGGAGCGCUUUGACGAGAGCGGCAAGGGCAAAGGUCGCGAGGGCCGUGAGGAGAUUGUGGAGAACACGGGCUACGUGGGAGCGUACAAGAAUGCUGGGACGUACGACACAAAGGCGAAAACCGGGAAAUGAGGACGCCGGAGGCAGCGCCCCCUGCUGUUAGCUGUCUUGAAGCGCAGCCCCUCGACAGCACUUAGUCUGGACCAAAUCUUGAACUUUGACCCUUCAAUUUGUGUGUGAAUGCGUGUGUUAUGCUUGUGACAGAAGUGAGGCAGUUAGUAAGCAAUCAAACAUGAUGAGGUGGCUUCAGCCCGAACACAAAAGCGCCCCCUUGAGGCUGUAAUAUUAAUUACAGACCAGCCUCAGAGGAAGGAGGUGGGUGAUGUAAUCAUUACCUGCUCUGCUCAGUGAUGGUAAUCCAGCCGGCAGCAUGUCAGUCAGUGUCUCUGUGACCUGUCCACAGCCUCAUUCAUGUGCUUCAAAUUCUUUAAUGACCCCAUUUCAAUUUCAAGUGUUUUUGCUAAUCUGAUCAGCUUUAUAGCUUUCAUUUGUUUACAUUUAGUCAAAUUAGCAUUUCUAACACAGCAGAGCUGCAUGUGAGCAGCUCCUGCUUGCAGAGUAUCACAGGUGUACAGGCAGCCAUACCUGAAUCAGCAGGUUCUGCAGCUUCAUUUUAAAUCUAAUCUGAAUAAAUUCUGCCUCUGUUAACCACACACAUCAUCUUUGCUGCCCUUUGAGCAAGUGGCGCCCUCAUGUGGAGGCGUUUGUCUCCGUCCUGCUGAAUUACCACCUCUCUCACAGUCCUGAUGCAGUUUUAUUUAAUCUGUUGCCUGCUGUAAUGAUGGUGUCACAGUACAAUAUAAAAUACAGCCACUCUGCGAUACUUGACACGCUGAAAGGCAGUCGUACAUCACGCACCAUCACACACUGUCAUACACCAUCACGCACCAUCACACACCAUCAUACACCAUCACACACCGUCAUACACCAUCAUGCACCGUCAUACACCAUUACGCACCAUCACACACCAUCAUGCACCGUCAUACACCAUUACGCACCAUCACACACCAUCAUACACCAUCACACACCAUCAUACACCAUCACACACCGUCAUACACCAUUACGCACCAUC